AUGAGCGCCGCCGUCGCCCCCGCCGCCGCGGCCUUCCCCGCCGCGGCGGCGCGUCAUCGCCGUCAUCGCCGUCAUCGCCGCCGCGCCCCCUCACCUCGCGUCCGGACUCGCGCGUCGUCGUCGCCGUCGCCGUCGCCGUCGUCGUCGUCGUCGUCGUCGUCGCGAAUAACGCUCUUCGGCUCGCCCGGCAGCCGCUCGCCGCUCGUGGACUGGUACCUCCACGAGCUCGGCCUCGACUUCGAGCUCCGCGCGCCGAGCGACGCAUCGAACCCGCACCCGUUCGGGCAGAUCCCCGCGCUGCGCGACGACGCGAACGGCGUCGAGCUCUGGGAGAGCGGCGCGAUCUUACAAUACCUCGCCGACGCCUACGGCGGCCUCGACGCGCCGGCGACGCGCGCGGACGCGGGGAAGUGGAUCGUCUGGGCGAACGCGUCGCUGGACCCGUGCCUGUUCGUCGAGAACGCGAGCGGCCAGGUUUUGGACUCGGGCGUGCGAGCGGCGACGCCGCCCAAGGCGUUGAACAGGUUGGAGGCGGUGCUGUCGAAGCGCGAGUGCCUCGCCGGGGAGGGCGCCGGGGCGUUCGGCGUCGCCGACGUCGCCGUCGCGUCGUACCUGCUCUUCGUGCCGCAGUUCUUUAACGACGCGUCGUAUUCGCGCUGGCCGAACAUCGCGCGGUACUGCGGCAGGUGCGUCAUCCGGCCCGCGUACGCCAAGGCGUUCGGGGCGAGGACCGCGGCGUUCUUAGCGGCGCGGUUAGAGAAGGAUCUAUCGCCGGCGUCGUCGCGAACGUUUUGGGAGCGUCCUGAUGAGAGCGAAGCCGUUUAA